AUGGUAGAACUACUAUUCUCGAAGUAUACUGUCCUUGGAGUCUACCCCUACAGCGACGGCGAGGACAACGUCUUCUACUCCAUGCACGACUCGGCCGACUCGCUGAGCACCUCCAGCCGCCGCUCGAGUCUCGAGGGCAACGACAAGACCCUGGUGGUGGUGAUCAACCGCCGCAACAAGAACAUGUCGCUGGCCCAGAAGCAGCGCAGCUGGGAGACUUUCCCGCCGAAGAGGCGGCACCACAUGUGCCACAAGAUGUCCGCCCCGACGCCGCCCAUGCCGCCGCUGCGGAAGGCCGACAGUUUCGAGGGUCACGAGGAGGCGGUGAAGAGCCUGGUGGCCGCCGUGCAGGAGACCAGGCGGAAGCCAAAGGGGGGCAAUUAACCGAUAGGGAACACGGAGCGGUCUUACGAGUAUACGGGAAUCUUCAUGUAUGCCACUUUCAACUGACGCGAAUGAGCGAAGAAGUUUUAAUCGUAAGAUUAAAUUAAAGACACUUGAGUGGGUCGGGCGGAAUGCACAUAACAGAUUGUAUGCAAAGAAUGAUACGUUUGAACUACUAUUGGAGUGGUUGUGUACGUUUGAACUACUGUUCUCAAAGUAGUAUACGUUUGAACUACUAUUCUUAGCGCUGUGUAUGUUUCAACUACUUUUCUAGUAGUUGUGAACGUUUGAACUACUAUCGAGUUUGUGUAUGUUUGAAUUACAGUUCUUGGAGUAACUGUGUUUGAACUACAGUUCUUGGAGUAGUUGUGAACGUUUGAACUACUAUUCUCAAAGUAGUAUACGUUUGAACUACUAGUCUCAGAGUUGUAUAUGUUUGAACUAUUGUUGGAGUAGUUGUGUACGUUUGAACUACUAUUCUCGAAGUAGUGUUACUAUUCUCAGAGUAUGUUUGAACUACUUGAAGUAGUUGUGAACGUUUGAUCUAUUCUUGAAGUAUGUUCGGACUAUUCUCAGUGUAGUUGUGUAUGUUUGAACUACAGUUCUUGGAGUAAUUGCGUGAACUACUGUUCUAGUAGUUGUGAACGUUUGAACUACUAUUCUCGAAGUUGAAAUACUAUUCUCAGGGUUGUGUACGUUUGAACUACUUUUCUCAAAGUUGUGUAUGUUUGGAAUACUUGUCCUGUAGUAGUGAACGUUUGGACUACUAUUCUCAAUGUAGUCUACAUUUGAAUUACUAUUCUGAGUUGUGUAAGUUUGAACCACUGUUCUGAACGUUUGAACUACUAUUCUUGAAGUAGUGUAUGUUUGAACUACAGCUGUUGGAGUAAUUGUGGGUUUGAACUACUGUCCUUGGAGUAGUUGUAUAUGUUCGAACUACAGCUGUUUUUUAGUAAAUUGCUGAAAUUCAAACCAACUGGGGCUGUAUUAUGUGAUUCCAAAAGCUGAGGUUUUCCAUCUCUCACUACUCCCAAAACAGCAAAGGAUACAAAUUCGUUAAAAUGGAAGCCCUAAACCUAAAAACAAUAAGUUUAAACUUCGACAUAUAUUUGAACUACUGUUCUUGGACUAGUUGUGUACAUUUGAACUACUUUUCUCAGAGUAGUUGUCUCUGGACUACUAUUCUCAGUGUAGUUGUGUACGUUUGAACUCCUGUUCUUGGAGUAAUUGUGUGUUUGAACUACAGCUGUUUUUGAGUAAAUUGCUGAAAUUUAAACCAACUUGGGCACACCAUUAUGCGUUAUUAUGUGAUUCCAAAGGCUGUAUGGGAGGUUUUCCAUCUUUCUCAGUACUCUCAAAACAGAAACUGGGACAAAUUUAUUAAAAUUGAAUCUAGACUUAAAAACGUUUAAAUUUUGAUUUGUUUGAACAAUUGUUCUUGGAAUGGUUGUGUAUAUUUGAACUACUUUUAUCCGGAGGUUUAACCAUUUGUACAAUGCAGUGGAAUCUACGUAUAUAGCAGCUUCUUGGCAGAAAAAAAAUGUUGGUCAAAUAAAAAUUUACUGUUUUGACAUUUUUGCUCGACUGAUGUUUAAACGGUUGUUUGAUUAUAUUUUUGGAAGGGUGAAAAGUGUUUCUGUUUUGAGUGUACUGGGAGGGAAAGAGAGAACCCCAAAGACGAUCUUUUCAUUAGUCAUUCAGUGACGAUAGAACUAAAGACCAGCACAAUAAUCGGUUCAAAUUUCGAUGUACGUUUGAAAUAGUGUUCUUGGUGUUCUUGAAGUGCUUGUGUACGUUUCAACUACUAUUCUUGAAAUAAUUGUGUACUUUUGAACUAGUAUUGGAGUAGUCUGUACAUUUGAACUACUGUUUUCGGUAUAGUUGUGUACAUUUGAACUACUGUACUUGGUAUAGUUGUGUACAUUAGAACUACUGUUGUGUUUGAUUAAACCACUGGAAUUUAAACAUAGUAAAGGGCACUGAGGGCUCUCUUGUUUUCAAAAAAGUGAUAUGGAUUGUGAAUUUAGUCAAUAAAUUAGAAUAUAUGUUUGAACUACUGCCAUUUUCGAGAAAAUAUAAAAAUUUGAACCGCUUCGAGUGUACAUUUGAACUACUUCUCUGAGUAACCGUACUUUUGACAGUUACUAACUCCAAGUGAUGUGUCUCCCGUUCCGCCCGAUCCACGCCCACAAACUGUCCUUUCUCGAAAACACUCGUUCGAACAGGGUCCCCCUGUCCCCUAGUUAGUCGCAAUGUUCUCCUUCCUUAGAUUUAGUCGUAUUGUAGCGUUCACAUUAAAGCUGUCGUCGAUCUUCCACGGGCACGCAGCGUUUUAUUUUACGAGGUUUCCACUAUUUAGUAAUUUGUGUAGAUAAGUCGGUCGUUCACUUGGAGCGUCAUAUAUUUGGAAUUGAACUUGAAAAAACAGCAUAUUGUGAUAUAGGCCAUUCGUUCCCCUUGUUUUUUUUGUUUCCUUCCACUCUUUUCUUUAGCCCCGGGGCGUUAUUAUUAUUUUUUUAUCGGUGUUUGUACAGAUUUCACCUUUACUUCCGUUAGUAGUAGUUUUCGAGACAUCCUCUUUGAAUAUCUGUGUAUAACCUCUCGUAUUAUUAAGACCUUGUUUGUUACUGGUAUUUUACUGUUGGAAAUGAUAUAAAAAUAAAGUAUGUAAUCAGCG